AUGCCGCAGUAUUGCUGUGUACCAAACUGCAAAAACUCAAAAGGUGUGCACACUUUUCCGAAAGAUCCAAUACUGCGGAAGAGAUGGAUUGUUGCAAUAAUGAGAAAUGAACAACAGACUGGUAAAUUAUGGCAACCCGGGGAGCACGAUCGUGUUUGUAAAGAUCAUUUUACCAAUGACGUCUACACAAGUACACUUCUCGGUGAACGCAAAAGAUUGAAAAAGGAUGCUGUUCCAUCAUUAUUUACACUCAAAAAGUCUGUAUGCCCAAGGAGAAAGUUGAGGAGAGUCUUUGAAGCUUCAGUUAACCCGGUAAUGUUACAGAAUGAAGAGAAUGAAGUUAUCAAUGAAAUUGUAAUUGAUCACUCUUGCGUUGAUGUUGCAGUGCCUGUUGAUUGUGAACCAUCCCAAAAUCAUAAUGUUGAAAUUCAAUGUCACCUUUUGUCAGAUAUAAAUUCUAAGUUCUCCAUUGAAAAUUUCUGUGAAAAUCCAAGAGCCAUUAAAUAUUACUCUGGGUUUAAUGAUUAUGCUCAUUUUAUGUUUUUCUUUAAUCUUCUUGGCCCUGUAGUUUUUGAUUUAAAUUAUAAAUGUUCUUUGUUGGAACCUAAGGAUCAACUUUUCUUAACUCUCAUGAAAUUAAGACAAGCCAAGGAAGAUUUGGAACUCAGUAUUUUUUUCAAAGUCAGUGAAAGUACCGUUUCACAACUAAUUAAUGUAUGGAUCAAUUUUUUAUAUUUCUUAUUAAAAGAAAUCAAUAUUUGGCCCGAAAAAUCUAUUGUGCAAGAGAAUAUGCCUAGUAAGUUUAAAUCUGCAUUUCCUACAACACGUGUAGUACUAGACGCCACAGAAAUUCCUAUUUCAAAGCCACAGAAUGUUGAUGCCCAAAGUAUGACAUUUUCUACAUACAAAAAUAAAAACACACUGAAAACCAUAAUCGGUUGUUCACCUCGAGGACUUGUAUCAUAUAUCAGUGACAGUUAUGGCGGAUCAGUUAGUGACAGACAAAUAAUUGAACGAUCCACACUAGUCAAUAAUAAUGGUAUGUUUGAAUCAAAGGAUAGCAUAAUGGCUGACCGGGGUAUUAUGGUCCAGGAUAUCUUUGCAUCCAAAAAUGUUUUUGUCAACACCCCAACAAUGUUGAAAGGCAAGUCGCAACUAGAACCUGAACAAGUCAUACAUGAUCGUCGAAUUGCUUCAAAGAGAAUUCAUGUCGAAAGAGUGAUAGGUUUAGGCAAAACCUACAAAAUUUUGAAAAAAGAUCUGCCUGCCAGCAAACGAGCUCUUGGUUCAAGAAUUGUAUUUGUAUGCUAUAUGCUAUCAAAUUUCCAUCCAUCAAUUGUCAACAGACUUGCCUAAUCACAUC